GCUUCUUCUGGGGGCUGCACAAGCGCAGCACCCACAGGAGGAGGAAGAAGAAGAACAAAGCGGUGCUCAAGUCCACCUCCAACCUCAUGGUGCGCUUCAAGCGCGUGGGCAAGAAGAGGAAGGAAGCAUCAUCCGGCAGCGCGCCGCAGGCGAAGCCGUCCUUCCUGCUGCUGCGGCGCGGCGCGGCCGACGCCGAGGACGGAGCAUCCCUCUUCCGCCGGCGCCCGGAGAGGAAAUUCAAGCCCCGGGCACAGGUGCUGAGCAAGGCGGCCGCCGCCACGGGCUGGCUGGCCAAGAAGGUGCUGAACCGGCGCGGGCGGCUGGUGGGGGGCAGCCGUGCGGCCGACACGGCCUGGCUGUCCCGGAUCGGUGCCAAGAAGCUGCCGUUCCCUGCGGAAGACGAGAUCCUCCGGCACCGGGCCAACAUGAAGCGCAUCCCCGGUGGCGGCGGAGGCAGCGGCAGGGUGUCGCGGCGCGGCAGUAUGGCGCGGCGGCCAUCCCGGCGGCGUUCCCAGCGCGCAUCCGCCGAGGUGCCGGUGCCGCGCUAUGGGUGGGCUGAGGAGGAGGAUGGAGCUUACAGGCACCGGCGUGGCUACAGCAAGAAGGAGGAUGGAGCGUAUGGGUCCCGCCGGGGCUAUGCCAAGAAGAAAGAUGGAGCCUAUGGCCGCUGGCGUGGCUACAGCAAGGAGGAGGAUGGAGCCUACGGUCCUCAGCGCGGCUACGCUGAGGAGGAGGGAGACUAUGGCCCGUGGCGUAGCUACAGUGAGGAGGAGGAUGGAGCCUACGGCCCUCAACGUGGCUACACUGAGGAGGAGGAAGGCUAUGCCCAAUCCCCAGCCUACCCUGCAGCAUACGGCUACGAGGACGUGGGGCCGAGCCCCUACUCUGACUACCCUGGCUAUGAGGCAGAGCAGGAUUAUGGCUUCUAUGGGGGGGGUUGGGAGGAGGGAGACCCCCAGGGACCCCCCUAUGGCUACGCGGAGCUGGGGGAUGAGGGACCAUUUGGUGGCGGGUCCCCCCUCGCCCUCUACGACCCCUAUGGCAGCGACCAGGAGUACGGCGAGGACACGGUGGGGCCUUUUGGCUACAGGGGGGACCCCUACGAGGACUUUGGGGACCCCCUCUCGGGGGGGUACCCUGGGGGCGAGUACCCUGAGCACCGCAUCCAGUACAGCGAGGGGGGGUGGGCACCGCACGCCCAGUCCUGCAACCCCUAUGCCCUGGGCCUGGAGGAGAUCGCGGAGGCCGGGGAGCCCGAGGAGUGGGAUGAAGAGGAGGAGGAGGACAAGGAGUAUCCCUUCUCCAUCCUCAGCACCUCCUCGCUGCGGGGCAUGCGGGAGACGCUCUCCUCCAAGCUCUCCCUCAAUCGCAAGUUCCGGCUCUUCCCCCGGCCUCAGGUCAAGCUUUUCGGCAGGGACCGCCUCGAUGUGCCCCUCCCGCCGUCCCCCCAUCUCCCCCCGGCCCGUGAUGAGGAUGACUACGAUGAGUACGAGCCUCCAGCACCAGCAGCACCCCGGGGCCGCCGCUUUGCAGCAGCGCGGGCGUUCGGGAGCCCCUUGGGGCAGUUCCUGCAGCGCUCCCUCUCGCAGCCCCCCAGCCGCCCUCCGCGGGCUGCAAUGGGACCCCGGGACCCCCGCUCCCCACAGCCCUCCUAUAGGCGCUCUGGCCGGGACCCCUCUUCUCCAGCCAGGGACCCUUCCCCACCAGGGGGGUCCUGGGGGCCGCUCCGGCUCCCGUCCCUCCGUAACCCCUUCGCCACCGCGGGGCGCUCCCCAUCGCCGCCCCCGGCCCGGCAGCGCCCCGAGGCCCCGCGGCGCAACCCUUCCCUCGGUGCCAGCAUCCGUCGGUUCGGCCCCGAGCCCCCCGCCCCGCCGCCGUCCUCGCCCCGCUCCCCUGGCCCCGGGGGGAGGCGUUUGGGGGUGCCCGCGGCGGGGUCGGGGAGACCCCGGUCCUUGAGGCAGAGCAGCCCCCCCGGGCUGCCGCUCCCCCAGGCCUGGCCCCGGCUCCCCGAGCCCCCCACCAAGGCUGUGAAGCCGCUGCAGAGAUCCCCCUUCAUGGCAUCGACCUCCCGGCCCGGCAGCCGCCGCCUCGGCCCCUCUUGGGACGCGGAGCUGCCCCCCUGGCAGGGCGCUGCUGCUGGGGCGCCCCCGCCUCCCAGCCCCGCUCCUGGUACCCCCAAAACCUUCAUCCAGCGCAUCGGGCAGCCCCUUGCCGGGAUGGCCCCGCGCUCCCCCCCGGCCCGGCCGUCCGCUGCCGAAGCGAGCAGCCCAAUCCGCUCCAUGGGGCAAUCCCUGGCAUCGCUGCUCGUGAGGAGCAUGGCCCCUUCUGCAACCCCCUCAUCCCCACCACCCGCCCGCCGCCCUUCCUCCCGCUCACCCUCCUCUCCCCAGCGCUCAUCCCGACGGGACGGGAGCACCCGUAGAUCACCGAGCCCCCCGCCCCCGGGGCGCCGGGGUUGGACCGACACCGGGCGCCCCAUUGUCCCGUCCGUGCCUCGCGGGGACCGGAGCCCCUCACCGCAGCGUCACGCCUCUUUCCCAUCACCCCGCGGCAGAGCCCCCGGCUCCCCGGCCACCCCCCGCUAUGGCCCCCGCGGCCCGGAGGCCGUCGAGGGGGAUGCUUUGUCCGGGGAGGAGGGCGCGGGGCGCUACGCGGUGGUGACGCCGCAGGUACAGAGGUUGGGCUCCUUCCGACGGGCGUCCCGCAUGUACAAGCAGCACUGGUCCGCGCAGCACGUCGUGCGGGUGCGGGAGAUGCCCGACGCCUGGACGGCAGAGCAGGGCCCCCCCCAGCUGCCCUCCCAGCGCGGCCGGCGGUGGGCGAGCCAGCGAGGAGCCGACAUCGCCCGGUACCUGAGCCAGCGCUCGCCGGGGGGCGGCUGGAGGGACCGGCACCCCUGGGCGGACGGGUACCUGGGCAGCAAGCAGCCCUGGCGCAGCAAGAUGCAGUCACUGUGCAGUCUGCCCAUCAUGCGGUACCAGGAGCCACAGGAGGAGGACGGGCUGGAGGACAUGACCCAGCUGGAGGACCUCCAGGAGGCUGCGGUGCUGAGCAACAUCCGGACACGGUUUGAGCGCCAGCUCAUCUAUACCUACAUCGGCAGCAUCCUGGUGUCGGUGAACCCGUACCGGCUCUAUGACAUCUAUGGCACAGAGCAGGUCCUGCAGUAUGAAGGCAGAGCCCUGGGCGAGAACCCACCGCACCUCUUUGCCAUCGCGAACGUCGCCUACUCCAAAGUGAUGGAUGCCAAACACAACCAGUGUAUCGUCAUCAGUGGGGAGAGUGGCUCAGGAAAGACUGAAGCCACCAAACUGAUCCUGCGGUACCUGGCAGCCGUCAGCCAGAAGCGCAGCACUGCCCCACAGAUAGAGAUCCUGGAGGCGACCCCCUUGCUGGAGUCCUUCGGCAACGCCAAAACCGUGAGGAACGAUAAUUCCAGCAGGUUUGGGAAGUUUGUGGAGAUCUUCCUGGAGGAUGGUUUGAUCUGCGGUGCCAUAACCUCGCAGUACCUGCUGGAGAAGUCCCGUGUGGUCUUCCAGGCCAAGAGCGAGCGCAAUUACCACAUCUUCUAUGAGAUGCUGGCAGGGCUGCCCGUGCAGCAGCGGCAGCGGUACUGCCUGCAGGGCGCCGAGACAUACUACUACCUGAACCAGGGUGGGAACUGCGAGAUUCCCGGGAAGAACGAUGAGGAGGAUUUCCAUCGCCUGCUCAACACCAUGGAAGCGCUGAGCUUCAGCGUGGAGGAGCAGAACAGCAUCUUCCGCAUCCUCUCCUCCGUCCUCCACUUGGGCAACGUCUACUUUGACAAAUACGAGAGCGACUGCCAGGAGGUGGCCAUGGUGGUGAGCGCCACGGAGAUCAGGACCGUGGCUGAGCUGCUGCAGGUGUCCCCCGAGGGCCUGCAGAAAGCCAUCACCUUCAAGGUGACGGAGACGCUGCGGGAGAAGAUUUUCACCCCUCUGACUGUUGAAAGCGCCGUGGAUGCCAGGGAUGCCAUUGCCAAGACCCUCUACUCCCUGCUCUUCGGCUGGCUCACGGACCGCAUCAACAAGCUGGUGUACCCGCGGCAGGAGGCCCUCUCCAUCGCCAUCCUGGACAUCUACGGCUUUGAGGAUCUCAACUUCAACAGCUUUGAGCAGCUCUGCAUCAACUACGCCAACGAGUACCUGCAGUUCUUCUUCAACAAGAUUGUGUUCCAGGAGGAGCAGGAGGAGUACCUGCGGGAGCAGAUUGAGUGGAAGGAGAUCCCAUUCAGUGACAACCAGCCCUGCAUCGACCUCAUCUCCCAGAAGCCCUAUGGAAUCCUGCGCAUCCUGGAUGACCAGAGCUGCUUCCCCCAGGCCACCGACCACACGUUCCUCCAGAAGUGUCACUACCACCAUGGGACGAACCCCCUGUACACCAAGCCGAAGAUGCCACUGCCCGAGUUCACCAUCAAGCACUAUGCAGGGAAGGUGACCUACCAGGUCCACAAGUUUUUGGAUAAGAACUAUGACCAGGUCCGUCAGGAUGUGCUGGACCUGUUCAUCAGCAGCAGGACCAAGGUGGUGGCCAACCUCUUCUUCGGCCAUGCCCAGGUGAUGGCUCGGCAGAGGAGCCUCCACAGGAGGAGCAGCACCAGGACCCGGCGGUACAAGGCUCCCACUGUGGCCGCCCGGUUCCAGCAGUCACUCCUGGAGCUGGUGGAAAAGAUGGAGAGGUGCAACCCCUUCUUCGUGCGCUGUCUCAAACCCAACAAUAAGAAGGAGCCAGGGCUCUUUGAGGCUGACGUGGUCAGCAGCCAGCUGCGGUACUCGGGGAUCCUGGAGACCAUCCGCAUCCGCAAGGAGGGCUUCCCCAUCCGCAUCCCUUUCCUCGUCUUCAUCGACAGGUACCGCUGCCUCGUUGACAUGUGGUCCAACGUCAUUCCCAACGGCGCCAACUGCGUGGAGAUGCUGAGGAGCCUCUGCCCCGUCAGCCCCAGCAUGUACUACGUCGGUGUCAGCAAGCUCUUCCUGAAGGAGCAGCUGUACCAGGCCCUGGAGAGCAAGCGCGCUCGUGCCCAUCACUUGGCCGCGCUCACGCUCCAGCGUUACGCUCGCACCUUCUUCAUCAAGAGGCGCUUCCGCUCCCUCCGCAGGAAGAUCGUCCUCCUGCAGAGCCGGGCGAGGGGAUACCUGGCCAGGUUGGGGUGCCUGGAGGUGGUGGGUGGGCUCUGGUGGGUGGCGGAGGGUGAUGGGUGCUCUCCCCAUGGCAGGCAGCGGUACCGGCGCAUGCGGCGCACGCUCAUCAAGUUCAGGUCGCUGGUGCACAUCUAUGUGAACCGCCGGCGGUACCUCAAGAAGAAGGAGGAUGCCCGCCGGCGGGCAGAGGCGGAGAAGGAAAGGAUGAAGCAGGAGCUGACCAGGAGGGAGGUGGUGGACGUCACCCACCUGGAGAUCCCGGCCGAACUGAUGGGGCUGCUGGAGGCGGCCGCAGCCGCCCGGGAGGUGAACGCCGGCUGCGUGGUGCUGGUGCCGCCGCCGGCGCUGCAGCCCGACUCGCAGCUCACGCUCCCGCUCGACAUCAACGAGUACCCCAUGGCCAAGUACGUGCGGGGCCACUUCCAGGAACCAGCGUUCGGGAUGCUGACAGCCCCACUGAUGGCUCCUCUCACCCGGCUGGAUGAGGAGCUGUGCCACGAGGCGCUGAGCCUGUUCCAGCUGGUAGGUGGCAUGGCACAGGGUCCGUCACCGUGGCCCCCUGCCUGCUCCCUGCCCGGCGGUGGAGGGAAGGACCUCGCUGUCCCCACUCAGAUCCUGCGGUUCAUGGGGGACCCGGCGCUGGGAGGCUCGCAGGAGACCCUCUUUGGCAACUACAUCGUGCAGAAGGGGCUGUCGGCGCCGGGGCUGCGGGACGAGCUCCUGGCACAAGCGGCCAACCAGGUCUGGCGCAACACCAACGUCAACAACGAGGAACGGGGCUGGCUGCUGCUGGCCGCCUGCCUCAGCGCCUUCCCCCCCUCCACCGCCUUCGACAAGUACCUGCUCAAGUUCGUCUCUGACUACGCCUUCGCUGGCUACAAGCCGGUGUGCCAGCGCAAGCUGAUGCAUGCCAUGGCCCGGUCCCAGCUGGGUGCCGCGGCCGCCCGAGCCUACCCCCCAUCACUGCUGGAGUGGACAGCGAACCGGCAGCAAGCCAGCAUGGCGCUGGACCUGCACUGCUUCAAUGGUGACCAGUUCUCCUGCCCUGUCCACUCCUGGGCCACAGGCGAGGACCUGGCAGGGGAUGUCCUGAAGCACAGGGGGCUGGUGGAGGGCUGGCGGGGCUGGUCCGUGGCCAUGAAGGCGGGUGCCCAAUGGGCCGAGCUGGCUGGUCAUGACUAUGUCCUGGACCUCAUCUCUGACCUCGAGCUGCUCCGUGGCUUCCCCAAGCAGAAGUCCUGCUUCCUGGUGGCAUGGGAUGGAGCUGAGAGCCACGGCGGGGACAGCCGGGCGGUGUUGGGGCAUGGCUUGGAUUUGGAUGAAGUACCCCCUCCUCCAGCUGUGAAAGCCCCAACGCUGCCAUCCACAGAGGUGUACCACCCCCACGGAGAUGGGGAAUUUGGGGAGCCGCGCAGCCAGAAGGGUCUGGACCGGUACCUGGACAGCCUCUUCGACCCUGUGCUCUCCUAUGGGAAUGGGGAGCUUGAGAAGCCGGCUGCUGUCACACAGAGGAUGAAGGGAAGAGGUGGUGCAGGAGGAGGGGAUGGUGAUGCGGAGCACAGCAAAUCCCCAGUGCCUCCAGAGACACAGCAGCCAAGAGGCACGGAGCCAGCCCCAUCCUCACAGCACCGGGCAGGUGCCAACCAGCCACCGGGCAGAGCAGCUGAGGGGACACCAUCCCGCGACCCCCAGCCCCGGCCCUACAUGCAGAAAGCAGCCCCUGUGGGCCGGCGGUGGCCGGGAGAGCUGGUGCGGAAUUCCCGGCUCAACUCGGAGCACUUCCCGCGGCCCACACACGACAUCCGGAACAUCAUCCGGCAGUGCCAGCCGGCCCCGCGGGGAUCCCAGCCCCACAGCAAGCUCUUUGGGAAGAAGCAGGACCCCCACGAGGAAGCCAUGCAGAUCCUGAAGGAGCAGCUCUCAGCACCCCCAGCUCCAGUGGCUGCGGGGCCCAAGGAGGUGGUGGCCACGGUGAAGCCGGUCACCAGCAGCAGGUACCCACUGCGACCACCAACGGGGCGUGCGGUGGCCACCCGGUCCCAAGUCUCUGUGUCUCGGGAGCUCCCAUCCGAGGCGCAGCAGGUCCAGACCCAGCUGCACCGGAGCUGCAGCGAGGACUUCUACACCUACCACAACGUGCCCUGGAAAAUAUACAUCCGGAAGGAGGUUUUCUACCCCAAGGACAGCAUCAACAACCCAUUGCUGCUCGACCUCAUCUUCAGGCAGAUCUUCAAUGAUGUGCUCUCCAACACCUGCAUCCGACUCAGCCAGGAGGAGAGGCUCCGACUCAAAUCCCUCUUCGCGGAAAACAAACUGGAUUCCUUCAGCCCCGUGGCCACUGAGAGCGUCAAGAGGGAGAUCAUCGCUGCCGCCCGCGAUGGCUGCGAUGUGUAUUUCUCUCGCCUCUUCCCCGCCACGGGCAGCGUGGGGACGGGUGUGCAGAUCCUGGCUGUGUCCCACACUGGCGUCAAGCUGCUGCGGAUGGUGAAGGGCACCAACGUGCCCGGGGAGCAGCUGAGGGUGCUGAGGGCGUACGGCUAUGCCGAUGUGCUGUUUGUGACCACCCCGUCCAGGAACAUGCUGGAGCUCAACCUGCGCAGCGAGAAGCUCAUCCUGUUCUCCCCCAAAGCCCCCCAGGUCAAGGCCAUGGUUGACCACUUCAUCAAGGAGCUCAGGAAGGACUCCCAGUACGUGGUGGCUGUGAGGAGCUACAGCCCAGAGGACAAGGGCCAGCUCAGCUUCCACAAAGGGGACAUCAUCCACCUGCAGCCACUGAAGCAUCCCGAGAGAGACCACUACUACGGCUGCGUGGUCCGCAAGAAGGUGAUGUACCUGGAGGAGCUGAAGAUGGGCACCCAGGACUUUGGGUGGAAGUUCGGUGCCAUCCAUGGCAGGUCGGGUCUCUUCCCUGCUGAAUACGUCCAGCCCGUCGCAGCCCCGGACUUUGUCCAUUUGCCAGCGGAGAGGAAAGAGGAGCCCAGGGACAAGCAGGGCAAGGUGGUGGCUUCAGCAGCCGUGGCUAUGGCCGUGGCCUCCACCGCCGUGGCACAGGAGCUGGACCGCAAGAGCGAGGCAUCCCCAGCCAGCACAGCAGAGGGGGACAGCAGCGAGAAGCUUGGUGACAGCGCAGGGACCUGCCCCAUGCUGGCUUUUGCCAGGCAGUAUUUCCGUGCGGCACGGCAUGGGGAGGCAACGGAACCCUGCGGGAUGAAGGCCAAAAGGGAUGUGCCCAAUGUGCUGGAGAUGCUGACAUUCAGCAAGACCCCCAUCCAGGAGUCACUCAUUGAAUUCGUGGAUGGUGGCAUCAGCAAACUGGCCACGGAGGCGUUCCAAGCCGUGAUGAAGUUCAUGGGCGACCACCCCCCGCGAGGGCAGACGGAGCUGGACUGCGUCUGCACCAUCCUCAAGCUCUGUGCAGAGCACGAGGUCCUGCGGGAUGAGGUCUACUGCCAGGUCGUGAAGCAGAUCACCAACAACAGCAGCUCCAAGCCGGAUAGCUGCCAGAAGGGCUGGAGGCUGCUCUACAUCCUCGCUGCUUACUACAAGUGCUCCGAGGUGCUCAGGCCCUUCCUGCUGGCCUUCCUGCAGGAUGCUAGCAGGCACCCGGACCUGCCGUUCCAUGGCAUCGCCAAAGCCUGCGAGCUGAACCUGCGGAAGACCCUGCAGUUCGGUGGCCGCAGCCUCUUCCCCAGCAGCACAGAGCUGAGGGCCAUGGUGGCUGGACGCAGCGCCAAGCGCCAGCUCUUUCUCCUGCCUGGUGGCAUUGAGAGGCACCUCAAGAUCAAGACGUGCUCGGUGGCUCUGGAUGUGAUCGAGGAGCUGUGCUGUGAGAUGGGGCUGCAGCACCCAGAGGCUUUUGAGGAGUACAUCCUCUUCGUGGUGACCGACAGAGGGCAGAGCGUGCGGCCGCUGACCCGCCGGGAAUACGUGCUGGAUGUGGCCGCCGAGACGGAGCGCCGGGACACGAGCUACACCUUCUGGUGCCGCCGCGUGGUCUGGGGGCAGCCCCUCAAGUUUGACAACGAGCUCUAUGUCACCGUGCACUACAACCAGGUCCUCCCUGACUACCUCAAGGGGCUGUUCACUGUCCUGCCACCCGCCAGGCCGGGAGAGCAGCACUUCCCACACGUGGCCAAGCUGGCCGCCCUCCAGCACCGAGCCAAGGACCACCAUCACCUCCCCACCGCGCGGGAGGUGCAGGAUUAUGUCCCACCACAGCUCUUCCGCCUGCUGAAGGCUCAGUCCUGGCUCCAUAUGGUGACCCCGCACAUGCAGCAAGCGCAGGCGCUCAGCGCCCACCAGGCCAGGGCGCAGUUCCUGGGGCUGCUGAGUGCCUACCCCAUGUUCGGCUCGUCCUUCUUCUACAUCCAGAGCUGCAGCAACAACGCCAUCGUCUCCCCCUGCAUCCUGGCCGUCAACCAGAACGGCCUCAACUUCCUCAGCAAGGAGACCCACGAGCCCAUCGCCAAGUUCUCACUGAAGGAGAUCCAAUCCACACGGACACAGCGCCCCACGGCCGGGUCCAGCUACCCCUACGUGGAGAUCACCCUGGGCGACCUCCUGGCGCAGGGCAUCACCCAGCUGCAGCUGGAGCAGGGCCUGGAGCUGUGCCGAGUGGUGGCUGCGCACAUGGAGAGGUUGUUGGGAGCACGGGAGAAGAGGCUGACGCUGCCGCCCAGUGAGAUCACCCUGCUCUGA